GGCCGAGUGGAUGGCGUCGUUGCGUGACAUGCUUUUGAGCCAGGAGCUGGCGGCGGCCGCGGCCAUGUCGGCGGACGCGUACGGGAGAUUCGAAAGGUACAGUAUGAGCUCUGCCCAUGGUUUUCCCCAGUACCACCAAGCUGGUAACGCUCCGACCGGAUUCCCCGACACGGGAUUUCUCGUUUCCGGCUUCGGCAAGCCUCCCUCCAUCUUCAUCAUGCCGGCGGGGACCCACGCGGCCGCUGGUUAUGGCGCUGAGGCCGUCCCGGUGGAGAUCCCCGUGGUCCGGCGACAGACACCUGCCUCCAGGAACGCCAGGGCGACGCCGUUCAGAGGACCGUGGACGGAGGAAGACGACGAACUUCUCAGGAGAUUGGUAGAUGAGCAUGGAGAGCACAAGUGGGCGACCAUUUCAAAGCACCUCCCGGGACGGAUCGGCAAGCAGUGCCGUGAGCGAUGGACAAAUCACGUGCGCCCCGGCAUCAAGAAGGACCACAUCUGGACUGAGGCGGACGACAUACUGCUGAUCGACGCCCACAAGAUCCACGGAAACCGUUGGUCGACGAUCGCGAGGUGCCUCCCCGGCCGGUCGGAGAACGCCAUCAAGAACCACUGGAACGCGACAAAGCGGAGUCUCAAGUCGAAGCGCCGGCUAAAGAAGACAAGCCAACAAGCCGCCCCGGGGCAGUUCACCCUCCUCGAGGAGUACAUCCGCGACAAAACGAUGGCUGACGAGAACGUGGCGCCACCGUCUCCGUCGUCCGGCCUCGGGUAUGACGGCCAGGUUUUUCCAAAUGCCGCUGCAAUGCUGGCCGUCUCCACCCCACCGGGGAUGGGCCAGUACCUCCACCCAGCCGACGCGGCCGGGUCAUCGUCCCAAGCAGGGAUGAUGAACCUGAGAGCGCCCUUGCCGGACCUCAACGCCGCCUACAGCGGCGAGAUGCUGGAGCGAUACUACUUCCCGGCCUCCUUCCCGACCUACAGCAACAACAACCUGCUGCACCAUGGACCAGAGCCUGCAUUUCCUCAGAUGUUUAGUGCCCAGGGACGCAUGCUUGCUGCAUGCACGAACCUGAAAUUGUUCCCGCUCCCUCAGUACCUCGGUGGCGGCUACUACGGCAGCGAGACGGGCAGCAGUAGCGCCGGUGGCAGCAGUGAUCAGGACGAAGACGUGGUCCAGAUGGCCUCGAGGUAGUUCCAGCCGUCCGAUGACGAGACCACACUGGACCUCACUGGUUUCAACUGACACGAUCCGUCCACCGGAUCGAUCCAGUGCCCUUUCCAUUGAUUUUAGUUUGUCGUUUUUACCUUUCCGAACAUUUUAGUUUGUCCUUCGUUUUCGUUAAAUCAGCUGCUGUGUUGUAUACUGUUGCCCGAAGAACACUACACUUGUGUGUUUGUGUGGCGUGGCAUGCAUGUAUCUUUAAUUUCCGCAUUCUG